AGCUUCAGUCCCCUCCUCUCCUCACUCAGCCAGCCAGCCAGCCAGCCAGCCAGCCAGCCAGCCAACCAGCCGGACCACUCUCAGGAGCAGUUCCCCAGGAAAUGUGUGACAGAGCCUAGUGUGUGUUUGAAAAUGGCUGCGCUCUCAGAGAUAAGCAGAUCAAAGCAGAGAGCCUAUUCAUGUAAUUGGCUUCCAGAAGCACACUGCCAAAGCGUCUCAUAUCCGUGUGCAGUAACACACACACACACUCGGGAGGGAGAUUAUUGAGCAGGCAGGAAGGAGAGAGCGAGGAGGGGAUGGAGGGAGCUCCAUUGUUGCUCAUUAAGCCCUGGAAGAAGAGGAGGAGAAGGGGGGACAGAGGAAAAGGAGGUUGGAGGUGUAAAAUGUCAAGGGCCAAGGGCAACCUCCUUUUAUACCCGUUUCAUCCCCAAUUCUCUCUUUCUUUCUGUUUUUCCACUUUCUCAAAUGAUGACUUCCAAAUUGAGAUUUUGCAAGUGAUGUUGUUAUAGAUGUAAAUGUUAUGUUCCCUGUCAUAAAACUCACAGCAUUAUUCACAAUACUCUAUUUCUGAUGUUCAUCUGAGACACUUGACCUGAGGCUGAGUGUCCGCCUGUCUUUCUGCUGCUGAUGUGGGAAUGGUAAUGUGUACCAGACCUAGAGAACCUCUGUGAAGCUAAACGGCUCCCCUCUCUCUCUCCACCUCUCUUCCAGGCCAGCCUUUUAAGCUUGACCCAAAGACGGCCCACAAGAAGCUGCGUCUGUCCAACGACUGCCUGACCAUGGAGAAGGACGAGAGCUCCCUGAAGAAGAGCCACACUCCAGAGCGCUUCAGCAGCACGGGGUCGUACGGAGCAGCAGGAAACGUCUUCAUCGACAGCGGCUGCCACUACUGGGAGGUGUUGCUGGGCGCCUCCACCUGGUGAGUUGUGAUAUUGAUAAUACUGUUCACUGUUCACCGCUUUAUUGUACCUCCAUCGAUCGUAUAACAUCCACUAUAGGAGUGGAAUAAGCUUUAUCCAUACAAAAUAUGUACAUGUCGUAUUUUCUACCCUUUUGAUUUCUUCUCUACAAUAGUGACAAAAGACUUGCAAUACUUAUGCACUAGUUUUCUCUGAACAUUCCAAACCACAGUCAAUGAUUUGGCCCUUCCUUAACACUCUGUCAUCUCCUCUGACAGGUACGCUGUGGGCGUGGCCUACAAGUCAGCCCCUAAGAAUGAGUGGAGUGGAAAGAACUCCUCCUCCUGGGUGUUCUCCCGCUGUAACAACAACUUCAUGGUGCGUCACAAUGGCAAGGAGAUGCUGGUGGAGGCCAGCCACCAGCUCAGGCGUCUGGGUGUCCUUCUGGACUACGACAACAACUCCCUGUCCUUCUACGACGCCAUGAACUCCCAACACCUGCACACCUUCGAGGUCAGCUUCCUGCUCCCCGUGGCGCCCACCUUCAUGAUCUGGAACAAGUCAGUGAUGAUCCUGUCGGGGCUUCCGGUGCCGGACUUUGUGGACUGCCCUGAGGAACACCAGGAGGGGAUGACGACCCUGUGUCGCCAGCAGGAUUCACCCUACGUGUCGGGUAUGAAGGGCUGUCACUGAGACCGGGGACUGGGGGUUGUGACUCGGGCCUGUUGUCACGGAGACGGCUGGGAUUGUGGUCGUUGUCACGGAGACCGACGAGGGCUUGGACUGGACUCACUCGACUGGGCUGAGCUGCUCUCACUUACUUCCUGGGUUUGUGGGCCAAUGGGGUUGAAUCUUCCACAUCCUCUGCUUCCUACUUCCUCCUCAUCCUCAUUUUACCCAGCUCUCCUC